CCUUUUUUAUUGUUUGUGACGAAGAGCUGUUUGAAUGCUACAAGCUGCUGCUGCGGCGACGUUUUGUUCUCUGCUGCCUACCCUGCCUUCUCAAAGCCGAAGGGAAGGCGGCAGGCAGGCGGCCACGCAAACUUUCCGCUUCUCCAAAGCCAACAACCGCCCGAAAGGGCUUUUCUUAGUCGGCGUGCGAAGGCGCUCUUUGAAACCUAGAGAAUGGCUGGAUUUCCCUGGGAGGGCAAGCGGGGUGGAUUUAAAGUCCUAGUCGCGACGCUCUCCGUGGCCUUGGUUUAUUCCUAUAACAUCGAUCUGGAUCAUCCCGUGAUUUAUCAAGGACCCAAUAACUCUUUCUUCGGAUACUCGGUGCUAGAGCAUUACUACGACAAUACCCGAUGGGUCUUGGUUGGUGCCCCAAAGGCAGAUUCUAAGUACAGUGCUUCUCUUAAGUCCCCAGGAGCUGUAUUCAAAUGUCGGGUUCACACUAACCCUGAUAAGAGGUGCACAGAGCUGGAUAUGGGUCGAGCUAAUAUUCGAGGAACAUUCUGUGGAAAGACAUGUAAAGAAGACAGAGAUGAUGAAUGGAUGGGUGUCAGUUUGGCAAGACAGCCAACGGUUGGAGGAAGUAUAUUGGCUUGUGCCCAUCGUUGGAAAAAUGUCUACUAUGAAACUGAGUACAUCCUUCCUCAUGGUUUUUGCAACAUCAUCCCUCCAAACCUUGGAUUGAAUGGUAAAAAGUUAAUGCCUUGUUAUGAAGAAUAUAAGAAAAAAUAUGGUGAAGAACAUGGUUCAUGUCAGGCUGGAAUAGCAGGUUUCUUCACAGAGGAGUUGGUUAUCAUGGGAGCUCCAGGGUCUUACUAUUGGACAGGAACGAUCAAAGUCUUGAAUCUCACUGAUAAUACAUAUUUCAAACUGAAAGAUGAAUCUGUGAUAGCCAAGCGUUACAUAUAUCUAGGAUAUGCGGUGGCAGCAGGUCACUUCUCUCAGCUGAUGACCACGGACGUCGUUGGAGGAGCUCCCCAGGAUGGAGGCGUUGGAAAGGUGUACAUAUUCCGCACAGAUAGGAAUUCUGGCUCUUUGAUAAAAAUCUUUCAGGCUUCUGGUAAAAAGAUGGGCUCUUACUUUGGCUCCUCCUUAUGUGCAGUUGAUCUGAAUUCUGAUGGACUUUCAGACCUCCUGGUGGGAGCACCCAUGUUCUCUGAGAUUCGGGAUGAAGGUCAAGUCACUGUCUUCCUCAGCAGAGGAAAUGGAGUUAUGGAAGAGCAACGUGUUCUGAAUGGUGAUAAUGCCUACAACGCACACUUUGGGGAAAGCAUCGCAUCCCUUGGGGACAUUGAUGAUGAUGGAUUUCCAGAUGUUGCCAUUGGUGCUCCUAAAGAAGAUGACUAUGCAGGAGCAGUAUAUAUUUAUCAUGGAUACAUUGGGGGCAUCAUUCCUCGAUAUUCCAUGAAAAUAUCUGGAAGGAAGUUAAGUCCAAGGUUGCAGAUGUUUGGCCAGUCCAUUUCUGGAGGAAUUGAUAUGGAUGGAAAUGGUUAUCCAGAUGUGACAAUUGGUGCCUUUGUGUCAAACAAUGUAGUUCUUCUAAGAUCACGGCCUGUCAUUACGUUGGACAUUUCAAUUUUCCUGCCAGCGUCCAUUGACAUCACAGCUCCUCAGUGCCAUGAUGACUUACAACAAGUGAAUUGUCUAAAUGUCACUGCCUGCUUUAGGUUCAAAGGCAGACAUGUUCCAGGACUGAUAGAUUUGAAUUAUAAUUUGACAGCAGAUGUGGCAAAGAAAGAAAAAGGAUACCCAAUCAGGGUUUACUUCAUCUCUUCUGGAGAAGCAGCGGGCCAGAUCACAGAACAAUUGCAGCUCUCCUAUAUGCAGAAGAAAUGCUCAAACUACUUAGCGUUUGUAAAGGUAUAG